AUGCCCAAAAUUGCCUGGUCUCUAUCGGAAGAGGAGAACCUCCAUCCAUGGCUACUACAGCAUCGAGGGAUGUCGUGGAAAGCAAAAUCCAAGGCAUACUUCAGACAGUUCGGACUAAAGCGAACGGGCGAGUCGUUGCGAGGCAAACGGAACUAUCUAUUACGAGAAUACCGCGCUAUGCAGAAGAGACUGUCUGAGGCCUCCCAGUCGGGGAAACGCCAGCCACGAGUCCGACGCGAAGAAGCCUUGAGAAUAUUUCUACCGUCUCCUCCCAUCUUCACACCCAGAGCGUCCAGCGCAACAGCCCACCAUUUGCUCCACGCGAUGCAACAUCUGGCAGAUCCGGAACGUCGCUGUAUGACAGGAGGCCCGGAAGGUGCAGACCAGAGUCUAUUAGGUGAGAUGGAGAGACAGCCCUGGGCGACGGUCAGGAGGGCUAAUGAUUCGAUAGGUUAUACGAUCCAAAUGCCACAUACUCUAAGAUCCGACCCCUCGCGCUACGUUGCGUACCACUGGAAGUUUAUACGCCGCGUGUCAGCUGCUUUGAGGCAUCGCAAAAUGCUGCGAUUUAAUGAGCGUUCAAAUUCGUCCCUUCGGUGUACAUCCGGAUUGUUUUCGUACUAG